AUGUCGAUGCUCAACAAGUUCUCUGAAGCGGCCAGAAAAGUCGGUACGCAGGCGACCGCGUUCGGCAACACCGUCGCUAGGGAGGUGCAAGAGGGCGGACAAAAGACCCUGACCGGGUUCAGGUUGGAGAACGAGGUCCGUUCAGCUCGGACAGCGGGUUACGGAAGUGGAUAAAGUCUGUAGCUGAUCACGGCGUAGGUUUUUUGUUGACGUGGCAGUGCGCCAAGUCGGCCAAGAUCCUCGCCAGCUUCCUCGCCGACCCCGAGAAUCCUGAAUCAGGUCAGUGCAGGUCUUGAACAGCUUCUCGUUUCCUAUCCCACCGCUUAGCAUUCUCCCCCCACUCCUCUUAUCCAACAGCCCUCAACGCGAUCCCCAAAGCCGUACUCAAGAACGCCAAGGGGUCAGUCGUCCUUAUCCAAUCCUCUUCCUGGCCGAGUCCCCCCUCCACCCCUUCCACCUCACACCCUACUGAUCUCUUCCCUCCUUCCCAACCCCUAGUCUCGCCAUCUUCACCGUCCUCAAAGCCGGCUUCGUAUGGUCCGGCAAGGCAGGAUCCGGUGUCGUACUCGCUCGCCUCGAAGAUGGCACCUGGUCCGCUCCGAGUUGUAUCGCUACAGGUGGAGUCGGUUUCGGUUUGCAGAUCGGUGCGGAUUUGAGUGAAGUAAGUGCGAGGUUUUUUCAAGUCGAGUUUGUGGGCAUUAGCGUCCUUUAUCGAACCUAUUUUCGGCUUCUUUUGGCUCCGGCGCGGCUUGGGCAUGGAAAGAACUUUCUCAAAGAACCCUCUCCUUCCUGAGAAACUGAUCACUCCCUCCUUUGAACCCCAACCAGUUCGUCAUCGUACUCAACUCUACCGAAGCCGUCAACGCGUUCGCAAAAGGUGGUAACUUGACCUUGGGAGGUGCGCUCUCCGCCGCGGCCGGACCUAUCGGUGUCGGAGGCGCCGUCAACACCGCUAUCCUGAACCCAGCGCCGAUGUUCACUUAUUCUAAAUCGAAAGGUCUUUUCGCCGGUGCUUCGUUGGAAGGUACGAUGUUGAUCGAACGCAAGGACGCGAACAAGGAUUUCUACGGACAACUCAUCUCCGCCGUCGAUUUGUUGGGAGGUAAGAUCCCACCGCCCGAAGCGGCGAGCGCGAUGUACGAAACGAUCGAAGCCGCCGAAGCCGUCGACGAGACCGGUUUACCCGAUCAAGCUUAUGUCGUAUCCGAAGGUACGCUCGCGGAGACCACUCCUUUGGCCCAGGGGGUUCGGUCAGGAAUACCCAUCUUUGAUGCUUCCAAGCAAUAG